CAACCCAUAAAACACAAAAGUAAAUUUUUGUAUACAAAAAUUUAUCAAGGUUUCAAACCAAAAUAUACAGAUUCCAUUGGAGCGCGGACUCGUCGCUCCCCCAAUUUUGGCAUUGCCCAGACUUUUAUUACUGUCAAUCAAGGCAGACGACGAUUAAAGUUUUACAAAACUGAAACUAAUGCCACAAGUGCACUACUUACGACAGUUGACAAAAAUAAACCCAAUAAGGGUGCAAAACGUCGCAAACAAAUGAAAUUUGAGAAAACAACAACUGACACAAAUAGACUGUUAUUGAAGAAAAUUGAGCCAACAGUGGCUUCAUAGUCGUCCCUAUUUUCCUUGCUGUUACGUUUUUUCUUCCGUUGUUGCCUCUUUGUUGCAAUUAUAUGCUUGAACUUGAUCCCAGUGUUACAAUAAGCCGAUUUGAGGAGGUAAGUACACACAGGACCAAUCAAAAAAACCACUGGGGUGAGGCAUGAUUCAAUCCACGUCAUUUGCUGGAAAAUCCAGACCGGUAACAGCGACAUAAACACCCCAUUUAAAUAAAAAACGAAUAAACUUGUCCAUGUCACGUCUUUACUGAAAUCUCUCAGUAAAAUUUUCUCGCGUUUUGUAAAACCCGCCAUUUGACAAAUUUGUGACAAGUUAUGAGGACGCUAUCUGGCGGUGACGUUUCCCUUUUCUCGUUAUAGUGGUUAGGUUAUGUUUACUAACGUUCAAAACAAUAAUAUUUAAAAAAAAUUGUGCCUUAUAGAAUAAAAUACACAAAAAUGUACAAAGUACUAACUUGCUACAUAUUCGGGACACUUUUCUUGCAAGCCUCGGCGCUUUGGUGUUACCAAUGUGUCUCGAAUCAGCCGGGGUGUGGUACCCCUUUUAACUGGUUGUGGCACUGGACGAAAGUUUGUCCCGAAGACGACGACGUUUGUGUUAAAAUAAUAGAAGAAAAAGAUGGUAAUACAAUGAUAACACGGGAUUGUCUCAGUUAUUUGCAAGGGGUACGUACCGACAUCCCUGCCGAUCAUUACGAGGGGUGUAGGCCUGCCGCUGUUGAUGUGAAAUUGGGACAUUAUGUGAAUAAUUCUAUUAAAGAAUUAGAUGUCCACAGGAAUUAUUAUGACAAGACCACGUGGUGCUUUUGCUUCCUUGACCAUAGGUGUAAUGGUGGUCUCACAAUAUACCCAUCAUUAGGGGUCCUUGCAGGGGGUAUCAUUUUUCUAUUAUUGAAUAUCUUAUAAGCCUAAUUGGGGUCUGGCUAAAUUCCGUCCAUUUUAUCGAAUCUCACAAAAUGUGUUAUUUUGUUACAAAUUAGUUAUAAGUUUGUAUUACAUUUUUAUUAAUGAAAAUUUGAGUAAAUCUAUGACAGUUUUUACCUCCUGAAGUUUAUUUGCAUGAAAAUGGAAGAAAAUACAUCGUUUCCAAAGCAGUCUUUAAAUAAAUUUUUCAUAAUUAACACUUAAAUUUGGGCUAACACGGUAGAAAUAUUAGACUUUUCUACUUGUCAGAAGUAAGCAAAUCGCGCCGUUUGCUGUAGUGAUUUUUUUGUUAUACUCGUAUGUAUUGUUGGUGAUUGCGCAAUUAUUUCAUUAUAAAUUACUAUUUUUGUAGGACUUUAUUAUGAAAUGUAUUCAAAUUUUUAUAAAUGAUUCAAGUAAACGUUUGAUAAUUA